AUGGCCAGCUUCUUCGAUCUCAAAGCCAGAAAGGCCGCCGCUGCGUCCAAUGGAGCGUCGCCAGAGAACAAGAACGAGAAGCGACCCGACGGAAGACUCCAGCCUUGGGUUGAGAAAUACCGUCCGAAGAGCCUGGACGAUGUCGCCGCCCAGGACCACACAGUCACUGUGCUCCAGCGCACACUGCAGUCCUCCAACCUCCCACACAUGCUCUUCUACGGUCCGCCAGGAACGGGAAAGACGUCUACGAUCCUGGCGCUGGCAAAGCAGCUCUUUGGCCCCGAGCUGAUCAAGUCGCGGGUGCUGGAGCUCAACGCCUCGGACGAGCGAGGCAUCUCGAUUGUCCGGCAAAAGGUCAAGGACUUUGCACGUAUGCAGCUGACCAACCCGACGUCCGCCUACAAGCAGAAAUACCCCUGCCCCCCGUACAAGAUCAUCAUCCUCGAUGAGGCCGACUCCAUGACCCAGGACGCCCAGAGUGCCCUCCGCCGCACCAUGGAGACGUACAGCAAGAUUACCCGCUUCUGUCUCAUCUGCAACUACGUCACCCGCAUCAUCGACCCGCUCGCCAGCCGAUGCAGCAAGUUCCGUUUCAAGAGCCUAGACCAGGGUAAUGCGAAGAAGAGGCUCGAAGCCAUUGCCCAGACAGAGGGCGUGGCCCUCGAGGACGGCGUCCUCGACACCCUCAUCGACUGUAGCGAAGGUGACCUGCGAAAGGCCAUCACUUUCCUCCAGAGCGCCGCCCGACUUGUCGGUGCUAUCUCUGCCAAGAAGGAGGCCGGGGUCGGUGCGGACGAUGCAAUGGACGUCGACAAGAGCCCCGUCACUGUCAAGAUCAUCGAGGACAUUGCUGGCGUCAUCCCCGACAAGACGAUCGAUGGCCUCAUGCAGGCCAUGCGUCCCACCCGCUCUGGGCAAGCAUAUGACGCCAUCACGAGCCUGGUCGAGGACAUGGUGGCCGACGGCUGGAGUGCAGGACAAGUCGUGACACAGCUCUACCAUGCCCUUAUGACGGAUGAGACGGUUCCCGACGCGCAAAAGAACAAGAUUGUCAUGAUCUUUUCCGAGAUUGAUAAGAGGUUGGUCGAUGGCGCCGAUGAGCAUCUGUCCAUGCUGGAUUUGGCGAUGCGGAUAUCGUCAGUCAUGGCGGCCAGAUAA